AUGACGACGUACACUUGUCGCACCUAUUACCUCGAUGAUAGAGACCCAUUUGACUACACGAAAUCCGGAUUUUUGGAACCUCCGAAACCCCCUAGAUUUGCUUUUCUUACCGAUGUUGAAAAUUGUAUUUUGCAAGUCUAUCGGUUUGGAGCUGAGCAGAACUACUUCGGUACAUAUCUAGACAUGGAUUCCACCCUUCAAGAGCAGUGGGAGGAAAUAAAGGGUGUAAACGAUGAAGCCGACUCAAUUGCAAUCGUUUUGCGAACCAAAUCCAUUGUUCGUGUUCAAGCAAUCAUAAAUCGUCUUUAUUCGGCAAAGGGUCAGGAGCUGCGAAGAGCCCUGUUUUCCCUGAAACAAAUAUUCAUGAAUGAUAAAGACCUGGUCCACGAGUUCGUCACCCACUCCGGUCUGACGUGUCUUGUCACAGUGGGUUCCCAAUCGGAACACACCCACCAGAAUUACAUCCUACGAGCUUUGGGUCAACUCAUUCUCUACGUGGAUGGGAUGAAUGGAGUGAGCGAGCACCCGGAGACGAUACGGUGGCUGUAUUCCCUCCUCUCCUGCAAGCGAGCUUUGUGCAUCGGCUCUAACGCCUACGAUGACUAUAUGUUCUCCCUGGUGAAGAAGACCGCCCUCCAUCUUCUCUCUGUGUUUGUCGGCUACGCGGACACCAACGCCAACAUCUUUGUGGAGACUAUUGACGACUUCCACAAGUCCUCAAAAAGCAACGGUAAACCCUGGUCCUACCUCAUUGACCUCCUGCAAAAUGAAUCGGGUGAUCUGGAGUUUAGUCGACUGACAAUGCUGUUGAUCAAUAAGGUUCUGGUUGCAGUUCCAGAUCAGGAGACAUUCUACGAUAUCACAGACUGUUUAGAAGAUCAGGGCAUGAAAGAGAUCUCGGAGAAACUUCUUAAAGAGCCCAGCACCGACCCAAUUCUCGUGGAACAGUUGCAAAUCUAUGAGGCGAGCUUAAUCUUCGAGGAUGGCGGGUCCAAGAGUCAGGUGAAUCUGGGCGAGAAAUCGUUGGACACAAUACGACAAACCCCACGACCUAGUCGAGCUGAAUUGGCUGGCAAACCCACGGAGACGGCGACUUCGGAGGCACCAAGAAAACGACGGUCUCGACGUUUUCAUCCCGAUGAAAGUGGUACCUUUGUAAACGGAUCUGACGAACGAAAAACCCACGCUCGUCGAGCGACUGACAAAAUAAUCGCCGAUUCCCGAAGGCACACCGCAGAACUUCAACGCCAAACUGUGAGAGAUCUGUACGAAAACCUAAUCGUCAACGAAAGCCCCGUGGAAGAGGAGCCAGGGGAAGAAACCCCUGCUCCCGCAGCGCCCCAAGAUGAAGCACCACCAGCAGCAGGAGGAGGUAAAGAGGAAACCGAAGUAAACAGCGAUAUAGAUGACAGUCCAGCUGAACACUACAUUACCAUUACCACAGGUAGUACUGGUGACACGGACAAGGUAGAAGUUGAGCGGAACGAGGCGCCUAAAUGCAAUGAUCUGGUUCCCUAUUCUCAACAAAGCUCCUCACGGUUGAGUGAUCUUGUCCACAAAUUCGAAGAUGAAAAAUCGGCUAGCGUGGCAAAAGAGAAUGCAGCAAGGACCAAUGACUCGUCCACGAUGCCUGAAGUGAAACCGGGAUUAAUUUCUGCCACGAAGGAGAAGUUGGCGGCCACAAUUGGUCGUUUACCCAUGGGUCCUCCACCAGCGUCAACAACUAGUACUGCUGCUUCUGCAGAAAAGAAAGCGGUAGAAAAACCAGAGCCACCAAAAUUAAAGGGUGUGGACUCCUUUUGGAUAGACCACGAGAAGAAAGUGAACUCACGACCACUGCGAGUGAAGGAUAGGGAGUUUCAAGACCUCGAGAGUUCUGACGACGAAUCGGCAGGGGCGUUUACGGAUGGUGUAAAAGUCAACGGUGGAAUUCCGCCACCACCACCGCCCCCACCUCCGCCACCUCCUGGGAUUGGCGGCUUCCGUCCCCCUCCGCCUCCUCCACCACCCGCACCCGGCGGUAUCCCACCACCUCCUCCACCUUUCGGCAAAUCUAGCUCCACCAACAGCCUUCUCAGCAGUCUUCCACCUCCUCCGGGAGCGCGUAUUCAAAAACAGAGUCGAACCAUGCGACUCCACUGGAGUGAAUGGGUCCCCAAGCCUAAGGAUGUCGAGGCUCUCACCAAGGCUGCAAAAUCCAGCGGUCAGGAUAGGGUAGACUUCAAGCCCAUAAAAAAACCGCCUCUCAGUCAGACGGAGAAGAAUGAGGAGGCGAAAAAGGUUGUUGAGGAGUUGAAAACCUCCACAAUCUGGAGCCAUAUGGUUCCAGUGACUCUAAACUAUAAGCAUCUUGAGGAGUUGUUUGAGAACAAAGUAACGGAGAUCAAAGUCAUGAAACACGACACGACGAGCAAGAAGAUUGAGAUUCUUGAUAUGAAACGCUCUAAUGCCAUCAACAUUGGUAUGAAGGUCUUGCCACCGCUGCGGACCAUUAGCAGUGCGCUGAUCAAGAUGGACUCCUCUGUAAUCAACCGUGAAGGCAUUGAGCAACUUCUCAACACUAUGCUGCCAACAGAUGAGGAACGAGAGAAGAUUAUAGCCGCCAAACGCGAACACAGUGACAUUCAGCUAGGCAAAGCUGAAGAGUUUCUUUUAACCCUUUCUGAAGUCUCCCACCUUAAAGCUCGGCUAGAACUGUGGCUCUUCAAACUUGACUACGAGACAAUGGAGGCAGAUAUUCUCGAUCCUCUGACCGACCUCAAGCAGGCGGUGUAUGAUAUUCAAGAAUCGCAGACCCUCCGCUGUAUUCUCUCCGUCAUACUCGCAAUGGGCAAUUUCCUCAAUUCCAGCGAGUCUUGGGGCUUCAAUCCAGAGUACCUGGACCGUCUUCCGGAGGUGAAGGACACCAAACACAAGCACAGUCUCCUUCACCACGUCUGUCAGACAGUCCUUGAACUCUUUCCCGACAGUACAGAUCUGCACUCAGAGAUGGGUGCUGUGUGUCGAUGCCAUCGAGUGGAUUGGGAGGAGCUGGACAAGAGGUUGGAAAAGGUCGAGAAUGAUUGUCGACGGGCUUGGGAGCACUAUCACACCAUUUACUGCAACACGAAUCGCAACUUUGUGGUCAAUAACAAGUGGCCUUUGGUAGCUGCCCAGAUGUCUGGAGCUCGGUUACGGCAGGCGAACAUGCCCAUGCACGUCACCGUUCGGUUUGCGAGUGUGCUCCUCAAAGAUCAACGUGGUAGUCUCCCAAGCACUACAGUUUGA